UUUCGAUAGCAGAUCUCUCAGAACAAGUUGCGAGGGAGGCUCUAUCGAUCCACUGGCCAGAAAAUAAACCUCCCUGCUAGACAGUUGCAAGUAUGGCGAGCGUUCAGCCGGAGCUCUCAUUGAGCAAAGUGGAUAUCAGCCUCGUUACACCUUUGGAAAAAACUAGUCAUCCCACCUUUCUAGAUCCGACCAUCUUCGACCUUGUUACUCUCGAUGCUUACGUUCCGAGAGUAUACUGCUAUAGGCUUGAAAACACAGAAGAGGCUUUUAAUCAUUAUGUCAAUAAGCUGAAGCAAUCUCUCAGAGAGACACUUGUAUCUUACUAUCCGCUAGCAGGAAGAUGGAUAAGGACGUAUGAUGCAACCAUAAGGCGGCUGAUGUGUACAGACGAAGGAGUCCCAUUCAUCGUAGCACGCAUCGAGGAUUUCAACCUUGACGACGUCGUAGACGUUAAUGAUUUCAAAGGAUGUCAUUUGCUGGCAGGUUACGAGUUGCUGAACAUGAACUCGAACGAUUUCAUAUCUCUCCUGGAGACACCACUUCUCCCUAUGUUUGUUCAGGUAACGAAAUUCAAAUGCGGAUCAGCUACCUUGUGCUGCACGAUAAGUCACACGAGUACCGAUGGCACAGGCGUGAUGACCUUCAUGCAAGCGUGGUCUGAAACAGCGCUCAGAGGGAAAACUUCUGUAAUUCCAAACUUUGACCGCUCACUGAUUCCAAUCAAAGUUUCCGACUUUAUACCGUUACCCACGGGGAAAUUGUCAUACGAUCCUGCCACCAUAGGCAGGCGAUUUAAACUUUCAAAGACCACCUCCAAGUUUCUGAGGGUCAGGAAGGACGUCAUCGAUGCUUGGAAAAAAGAAGCAGCUCAAAAAAGCAUCCAACUUUCUUCUGUUGACUGCAUGACUGCCCACCUUUGGCGGUCAUUGGCGAGUCUGGAUUCAAUUCCCCAACAUUUUACCUCACCUGAAACAUGGAUCUGCACGCUUAUAAAUGGCAGAAACAGGUUCCUCGAUACUGCUGUUGGGAAUGAUUAUUUUGGUAAUGCUUCGUUUGGCCACCACCUGCCUAUUAUACCAUUAUCUGAAAUUCCAGACAUCUCAUCGGCAGGAAGCAUAGUUCACAAGACCGUGAACGAAGUCACUGCGUCCACGUACAAGGAGAAUGUUCGAGACCUCCUAAAAACUGGGACAGUAUACCAUUCAUUCGAAGGCCGUCACUUGAUUGUCUCGUCGUGGCAUAGGUUCCCUUUCUAUGAGAUAGAUUUCGGUUUUGGUAUACCAUUUUUUGCUGGACUCAACUCCCCCAACUGGAAUUUUCUUUCUCUUGGCUACUGUAUGAUCACACCUCCAGCUCCUGGAUCAGAGCACCUGGCAUGUUUUCACCUCGGCCUGCCCCAGGAAGUUCACGAAGCACUUGCAGCAGACAAGAACUUCAUGGCACUAUUCCACUGAUAUGUCCUGCUCUGAGACGAUCUUGUUGUCUUCAUCGUGCCACAAAUGCUCAGUAGGAUAAUUUUGCAUCUCUGAAAUCUCAUAAGCCGACUAGAACUUCAUGGCACUAUUCCAUUGAUAUGCUCUGCUGUGAGAUGAUCUGGUCUUCAUCCUGCCACAAAAUGUUCAUUAUGAUAGUUCGCAUCUAUAAAGGCUCAUCAGCGAAGCUAGCUGUCGCAUAAUGACUGGUUCACUUACAAAUUUCGGACUGCUUCAGAUCAGCUUCGAGUGGGAGAUCUGUAACUUAUACAAAUGUUUAGUUGCAGUAAUGAAGAAGCUUCUUCCGGCUUCGAUUUCAAAUGUUUCGAUCAAUCCUGU